AUGGCGAGUUUAUCGGACGAUCCCGAGAAGCUGCUGAGCGAGUGGCUGGGCGAGCUGGAGAAUCUGAUCGGGAGUUUUGAUAUCAGCGGUACACCGGGCACAACAGGCAAUUCAACCACUACGACGGUAACAGCAGCGGCACGUCUACGACCGAAAAGUAACACAUCUUCCGAGCGUACCGAUUCGUACCGCUUCUCGAUGGCGAACCUGGAGGAAACGCAAGAGGCCGAGCUGGAUGCCAUAUUGGGCGAACUGAGCAUACUGGAGGAGCGUGGUGAUCUACGUCAUGGUCGUAGUCACAGCCGUACCAACUCCACAAUAUCCGCGGCCACCAAUACGACGCUCUCGUCGGAAAGUGGCUGCAGCAGUGUGGCAGCCGAUACAGUCUGCAGUGGAGGUAGCAUUGCGAGCGGCAUGGGUGUCGGAGGGGUCGGUGGAGCUAGCAUCAGUCUACACCGGGAACCACGCACCGACAGUCCGGACAAUGAUUCCGCCUUCAGCGAUACGGUGUCGCUCAUGUCGAGCGAAUCGUCCGCUUCUAGCAGUGUUAGCAGCUCUCAUCUCAAGCACCUUCAGGCGGCAGCUGGCGGAAUGGUGGCGCAUAGUGCUGCGACGGGACCAACAGCCAACCAGCAAAAUUUGUCAGAUGGUGGCAAACAGGCCAAAAUUCACCUCGCACUACAAAAGCUAGAGCAGGCCUCGGUACGGCGACUGUUCGUGAAGGCGUUUACGGCCGACGGUGCCUCGAAGUCACUGCUGGUCGACGAAACGAUGAGCUGCGGGCACAUGACGCGGCUGUUGGCAGACAAAAACCACGUCCAGAUGGAGCCUACUUGGGCCAUCGUAGAGCAUCUGCCUGAGCUGCAGAUGGAGCGACUGUUCGAGGACCACGAAAUGCUGGUAGACAACUUGAUGCUGUGGAAUCGGGACUCGAAGAAUAGGGUGCUGUUUCUGCAGCGACCGGAUAAGGUGGCACUGUUUAAGACACCCGAAGCUUUUCUGCCCGGCACACAGAUGGCUCCCGGAAGUGAACACGACGAGCAUACGAGGACAAUGUUGCUGGAUGAGUUCUUCAACAGCGGGAGCCAGAUCACGCUGGAAGGGCCCCUAUAUAUGAAGAACGAUGCCAAAAAGGGCUGGAAGAAAUAUCACUUUGUGCUGCGGGCAUCCGGGUUGCAUUACUACCCGAAGGAAAAGACACGUUCCGCUAAGGAUCUGCUCUGUCUGGCACUGUUUGCCGGACACGAAGUGUACCGUGGACUUGGCUGGAAGAAGAAGCACAAAGCCCCGACGGACUACACGUUCGCGCUGCGCUGCCCGAAAGUACCGCCCGGUGUGAAAGGCAUACGGUCGGUGAAGAUGCUGUGUGCUGAAGAUGCGUCCACACUAGAAAACUGGAUAACUGCCAUACGCGUUAUGAAGUAUGGAAAGAAGCUUCUAGACAAUCACCGAACGCUGUUGGAUGAUCUGGCUCGGGAAGAGUUAGACAAACUUAGCUCUGCUCGGAGCAGCUCCAUUGGGAGCAUUGUAUCGUCCGUUCCUUCACAGUGUAGCACGGGAAGCAGCAACAGUAGCGGAAGUGGUAGCAAUCAUCUCCUAGUUCCUCUCAACACAACCAAUGGCAGCAAUGGUAAUGGGUGCGCGACCAACGGAAAUGGACGUCUCUCGAGGGCGUCAUCGUCAAGCUCGAGCGGAUGUUUGUCGGACGAGAACAACGGGUUCGAUUCGGAGUUCCCAACGGGCACCAUUAAGCGCAAACCCUCGAUGAAACCAAAUCUUCCACUCACCUCGAUGACACGCCAGCUGAAGGAGGUCGGUGAGACAACGCGACUGAAAGAUUCACCCGGUGCCGGAUCUACGGGGUCGGGUUCGAUAGGUGAUGGUGGUACUCUGACGCGACGUCACAGUCGACGAAGGAGUGAAGAAAGCACCGGCAGCGGUACUCUUAAACGACGCCCGAUGCCAACGCAAAAUCGUGGAUCGAUCGAAAGCAUGAGUUCCUCCGCCUCGACGCCAACGCCCGUGGGCAGUGUGUUGAACACGCCGGUCAAUUUUGAACCACCGGUAACAAUCCUGAGCCCAACCGCUCAUCCAACUAUUAUAACACCGAACGGCGUUGGCCCCGGAACGAUCGUUGAACCGAUACCGUCCUGCAUGACUGAUUCGACAUUUUCGCUUCCGCCACCACCGCCACCACCCGCCUCGGACGAUCCGGCAAUAAUGGGAGCGAACUUCUCCGGUUCUACGCUCUCGCUUGAUUCGCUACCGCCUCCGCCACCGCCGAACGAACUUGACAACUCAUUCAGUGGAUCUCAACUGUCGCUGGCUUCUGUGCAAUUACCUCCGCCGCCACCACCGUCGGCAUCGGCAGGUUCUUCCAUGUCAACCGUGCAGUCUUCCUCCGUGCUUCCUGCAGUGAGCACAACAAACACCACCAAUGGUGGUAUCGUACGCCAGCAGGAACAGCGUUCAAUCAAUGCGACGCCCUCUGUGGCGCAGUCCAUCAUGAAGCUAAACAGCCACAGUCACACGUUACCGAACCCAACACCUGCUGCCAUCUUGAAAAAGGAACCAAUCUACUCCAAAACACUGAAGCCAUCAGCACUGAAAGCUCCUCCAUACAAGGCACCGCCACCAUACAACGGUUGUGAUGGUUCCGCUUCCGAUGUACCGUCGGCUCCAGCGAAGAGUGUAUCGUUUGCCGAGUCCCCAGUGUUGUUGCGGCGCAAGGUGUGCUUUGAGGAUGAAAUUCAAGAAGUGCCACCCUCGCCGAGACGUCUCUGUGCCACAUACAGCGUUGGUCCUCCGGCUCCACCACCAAGAGCGGAAGCGACACGCCUUUCCACAACAUACACUUCGCCGAAACGAUUAAGCGAAUCAAGCGCCAAUCCUCCUCGCGAUUUUCUCAAAGAUCUCCAACGUGUGAUGAAUAAGAAGUGGCAGGUAGCGCAAAAAUGUAAGCUAGAACCAGCGACCACUCCACACGAAGUGCUCGGCUUCCGUGACAUCCACGGUGGUAACGAUCUGUACUCGUCCGCUACACCCUACUACCGUGAAACGGCCAACGUAAGCAACUGGGUGCAGGAACACUACGGUGGUGCACCGGACGGUUUAUACGAGAACCUGGGCAGUAACAUGGGCAUGGAACCGAACUAUCCCAUCGUUCAGAACGCGACAGUUCCACUGCACCAGCAACAUCCGACCGGUAGCCCUUUGCCUUCUGGAGGUAGCAUGAAGAAGCGACCACCUCCACCACCACCAAAGCGCAGCGAGAAGACACAACUGACCACUACGUCUACAUCUGCCGUUGGCCACACGGGCCCCACAGUAUCACAACCCGGCCCGACUCCUCAACUUCUUCAUCAUCAUCAUCAUCAACAGCUGCUGAACCAUCAAUAUCUGCAGCAGCAGCAACAACAGCAACCACAUCAACCACCACCAACCCAUCAGCAGCGGGUCUGA